UCUGCGCGGGCGGACCCGGCGGGGUGGUCCGGGCGGAGGCGCGGCUCCCCAGCCCCCCUUCUGCACACGCGGCAGGGGCUGCGGCGGCGGCUCCGGCUCCCUGAGCCCUCUCCCCAAGCCCAGUGGGGGUUCCCGGAGCAGUGCCUGCGUUUUCGGGCCGGAGUGGAACGGCAGGAAGUGAGCGGUGCUGGCGAAGCUGCUGUGCCCGAGAUGUAUGCAGUGUGAUGCCAAGUUUGACUUCCUGACCAGAAAGCACCACUGUCGCCGGUGUGGGAGGUGCUUCUGUGACAAGUGCUGCGGCCAGAAGGUGCCGCUGCGGCGCAUGUGUUUCGUGGACCCGGUGCGGCAGUGCGCCGAGUGCGCCCUGGUGUCCCACAAGGAGGCGGAGUUCUACGACAAGCAGCUCAAGGUGCUGCUGAGCGGAGCUACCUUCCUCGUAACUUUUGGAAACUCCGAGAAGCCAGAAACUAUGGUUUGCCGUCUCUCCAACAACCAGAGGUACUUGCUUCUGGACGGGGACAGCCACCACGAGAUCGACGUGGCGCGCAUCUGCAGCGUGCAGACCCUCACGGAGGGCUUUCCGCCCGGGGAAAAAGACAUGCACACUUACACCAGCCUCCUGGGGAGCCAGCCCGCCUCUGAAGGAGGUAACGCACGGGCCACAGGCAUGUCCCUGAGGCUCGCAGCACCGGGGGCGGACGGCCUGACGCAGCUGAAGCUGACGGCUGGGGAGGACGCACCUGCCAGCAGGAGGCAGUCGACGGCAUGGCUGGCGGCCAUGCACAAGGCCACCAAGCUCCUCUACGAGUCGCGGGACCAGUGACUCCACGCAGGACGGAGCACCCACCUGGGACAGUGGAGCCUGCGCCCUGCACACACGGGCGACUGGCCCCUGUGCUGGGCGCUGCGGCCCGAGCGCGUGGGGGACAGAGCCCGCUUCUCCAGCGUGGCACGCACAGCGUGUUGGUGCUCUGAACAGCGUCAUGCUUGAGAGUGUGCGCGUUAACCCUGUUGACACUUAACUGGAGGUGGGGGAGAGCUAGCUACACUGCUGCUAAACUAUUUUUAGCAUAACUUCAACCAUUAUUUUUAUGGGUGCCCAGGUUUGCUAGAAGGUUCUGGCCCCUCAGCGUCACUCUCGCAGAGCAGUGGUUUGGGCAGUGUUGUAGUCGAGCCCGAUCUGUUUGGGACCCUGGUUUCUAGCCGGCUAGUUUUCGGUCUCUGAGCCCAUUUUAUAGACUGUCCGCUCACUGCGUCACUAAUCGGGGGCUGCGGACAAACCUUUGAUACUUCACUAAGGGGGAGGACCCAGCGUUGCUUUUUGUACUUUUCACUUACUGUUUCACUUUAAAAUAAUUGUACAACAAUUUGUAUAUAAAGCUUACGAUUAAAACCUAUUUUGAGAACAGCA